AUGUCUCUGGUACUCCGACUCACUUUUGUAGAAGCAAGUCUUCAUCUAUUGAGUCUGAAGAAAAAGGUGGCCAACAGGAAUAUUGAUGUUGCCAAUGUAAUUAGGGCCUUGGACCUCUCUCCUGUCAAUAUGGCUUUAGCGUUGGUAUUCCUCCACAGAUACCAACAAAAUGAAGUUAACUUUGUGGAUUCAUCCGAGUGCGAAAACUUGCCAUAUUACCUCAUGAUCUCUUCCCUCGUUCUUGCAAACAAAUACUUGAACGAUCAAUCGUAUACACUCAAGCUGUGGCUGAGUAUACUUCGUAAAUGCCUGGCACUUCUGCCCUCGUUGUCCCUUCUCAACCAAAUGGAAGCACAUAUGUUGGCAGCUCUCAACUACAAACUCAGCGCUGCCCAUGAUCUGCUGCUCUGGAAAGGGUUGUGUCACCUCCAUCGUGGCUCUGUACAAAAGCUCAGGGUUGCAGCCGAAUGUGAAAGGCCUGGAGCCUUUAAAGCAUCCGGUAGACCCGUGAAACGUUCUAUGGAUGAGUACGACCUAGUAGUAGCUCAGAAAAAACCACACUGGCUGCUAGACGCAGGCUUGGGGAGCCUUCUGGUGCCCUUGUCUGCCUCGGUGGGAUUGGCUUCACCACCACUGUCUCAGGCCAGUCCCACGUCGUACUACCCACGCCACGCUAUGAAGCACCGCAAGACACAAUCUACGCCAAGCUACAAGAAUGGCUGUAUGCCUUAUGCUUACCAGGCUGCUCCAAUGCAACCUGUUCCUUCUCUUCACUCUGCAUUUGUACCUCCGUUGGUGCAUCCUAAUUUCUCAAACUUUAAUCAAGCAAAGCAUACUGCCAUAUCCGCAGUGCCACCUGUGAUGCCUUCUUCUGGCUACACUUCGGUGUACGCUACUCCCUGUAGCCAUGCCAUGGCUACAUUUACACCUAACGCAUACACUGGCGCUUACGCCCCAAUGAACUACGGCAAUGGAGCCUCCAUGACUCCAACACCCAACUUGAUGAGCAAUCCCAUCACCCCCAUGUCGGUGGCCGGAUCCACCGUUCCAUAUUUCGUGGCCCACCCAUAUCUUCCCGCUGGUAGUCCGCUUUAUGCGCAGACUCCUUUGAAAUCGCUGAAGGUGCCGGUUGGCCCGGUGGACAAUAUGGGUUUGUCAUUCUGCCCUGGACUUCCUUACACUUCCAGAUUCGAGAUGGCAUGA